CCGACCACCUAUAUGCCAAACUUGGCCACAAUACUACUUUAAACUCACCGCAACCUAACAGAAAAGUAGAGUUUAAUACUCCAUGUCAUAUACUCCCUAAAAAUGUAUGCGGAUAUAUUGUGUAUGUAAUUAGGAUUUAUUCGGCUUCAUCCUUCUUGUCCAUUUUAUCCUGUAGGGUUUGCAAUCUUCAUGUUCGGAUCAUUGAAACGAUGAUGCUUUCACGAAUCGGACGCUCACUUGUUAAAUCUUCUCGCUCCAGGGUCAAUCCAGGCUUAGUUUCUGGUGGUUAUUAUCCAAAGACAAAGGUUUGCGAUGAUAGUAUAUGGAUUGCACGCGCUGAAGGCGGGGCAGGCCUUGCGAGAAGCUAUUUGACGUCUAUUUGGGCUGUAAAGGGGACUCUUAACAAAGUUUAUUCUUCAGAUAUUGGCAAUAUUUUCGCAAACCCAAGACUUCGUAGGUUUUUUUGCAGUCAAGCUCCUAAAAGGAAAAACUAUGAGAACUAUUAUCCGAAGAAUAGGAAAGAAGAACCUAAAGCAAACAACCAAAAAGCAGAGUCAGGAAGAGAGGAUUCAGGUACGGGUCAGCAAGGAAGCUCUCAGGACAACUUUUUUAAGCAAUACCAAAACUUGAUCACAACUUUGUUGUUUAUUGGGCUUGGAUUAUCCUCAACGGUUUUUAGUCCGCAAACUCAGAAUGAGAUCAGCUUCCAGGAGUUCAAAAACAAACUACUUGAACCUGGUCUUGUUGAUCAUAUUGUUGUCUCAAAUAAAUCAGUGGCAAAAGUGUAUGUAAGGAAUUCUGCACCCACCACCAACCAAAGUGGUAGUGAUUCUGUUCUUAGCCAAGCACCAGAUACCAAUGGUAAAAGAAGUGCCGGCCAAUACAGAUAUUAUUUCAACAUUGGAAGUGUUGAAUCGUUUGAGGAGAAGCUUGAAGAAGCACAAGAGGCAUUAGGAAUAGAUCCUCAUAAUCAUAUUCCAGUGACUUAUGUUAACGAAUUGAAUUGGUUUCAUGAGAUAAUGAGGUAUGGUCCUACUGUGUUACUUCUAGCAACCCUUUUCUUUAUGGGUCGGAAGAUGCAAGGUGGGAUAAGUGUUGGAGGCCCCGGUGGAAAAGGCAGCCGUGGAAUAUUUAAUAUAGGUAAAGCCCAUUUCACAAAGAUGGACAAGAACUCAAAAAAUAAGGUGUUUUUCAAAGAUGUGGCUGGAUGCGAUGAGGCUAAGCAAGAAAUCAUGGAAUUUGUUCACUUCUUAAAAAACCCCAAAAAAUAUGAGGAAUUGGGAGCAAAAAUUCCCAAGGGUGCUCUUCUUGUGGGUCCUCCUGGUACUGGAAAGACACUUCUAGCCAAGGCUACAGCAGGAGAAUCUGGUGUGCCUUUUCUCUCCAUUUCUGGUUCUGAUUUCAUGGAGAUGUUUGUUGGCGUUGGGCCAGCAAGAGUUAGGAGCUUAUUUCAAGAGGCAAGGCAAUGUGCACCUAGUAUAGUUUUCAUUGAUGAAAUUGAUGCAAUUGGCAGAGCAAGAGGACGUGGUGGGUUUUCAGGUGGGAAUGAUGAACGUGAGAGCACAUUGAAUCAGCUUCUUGUGGAGAUGGAUGGAUUUCAGACUACAUCAGGUGUAGUUGUGCUUGCUGGGACAAAUAGGCCUGAUAUUCUUGACAAAGCCUUGUUGAGGCCUGGUCGAUUUGAUCGUCAAAUUUCAAUCGACAAACCUGAUAUUAAAGGCCGCGAGCAAAUAUUCAGAAUAUAUCUGAAAAAGUUGAAACUUGACCAAGAUGCAUCAUAUUAUUCGCAACGGCUUGCUGCUCUGACACCUGGAUUUGCUGGGGCCGACAUUGCAAAUGUGUGCAAUGAGGCUGCUUUAAUUGCAGCAAGGAAUGAGAAUAUCCUGAUACUUAUGCAACAUUUUGAGGCGGCAAUAGAUAGGGUGAUUGGCGGUCUUGAGAAGAAGAACAAGGUCAUUAGCAAACUGGAAAGGAAAACAGUCGCUUACCAUGAAGCUGGACAUGCAGUUUCCGGUUGGUUUUUGGAACAUGCAGAGCCAUUGCUUAAAGUAACAAUUGUACCUCGUGGUACUGCAGCCCUUGGAUUUGCACAAUAUGUUCCUAAUGAAAAUCUGUUGAUGACGAAAGAACAGCUCUUUGACAUGACUUGCAUGACCCUUGGUGGUCGAGCAGCUGAACAGGUUCUGCUGGGAAAGAUAUCUACUGGGGCACAAAAUGAUUUGGAGAAAGUGACCAAGAUGACAUAUGCUCAAGUAGCAGUAUACGGUUUCAGUGAGAAAGUCGGGCUGCUGUCCUUCCCUCCAAAUGAGAAUGCAUUCGAUAUGAGCAAACCUUAUAGCAACAAAACAGCCGCCAUCAUCGACAACGAAGUUAGGGAAUGGAUUUCAAAGGCUUAUACACGCACAGUGGAACUCGUGGAGGAACACAAGGAACAUGUAGCUCAGGUUGCUGAAAUGUUGCUUGAGAAAGAGGUGUUGCAUCAAGGGGAUUUGGUCCAGGUACUUGGUGAACGGCCAUUCAAGUCCAGUGAGCUUACAAACUAUGACAGGUACAGAGAUGGAUUUCUACAAGAUAAAGAGGCUGAAAAUAAAGACACGUCAGCAGCAACUGAUGAUGAUAAUAAUAGCAAGGGUACGAAGGAUGACAGAUCAUCUUCUCUCGAGCCCGAGGUUGUAACUGUAUGACAUUUUUUAUGAUUGAUGAUGUUGAUUUGUAACUGAGAUGAUAACUGCAUCUUCCAUAUUUGCCUUCUCUGCCCGCUCCCAACAAGUAUAUAAAACUUCCAAACCUGCUAUCACAUCAAUCACUGGUAAGUCCUUAAAUGUAAGUACUACUACGUAUUUAAUUUCUUAGUUUGUAUGUUGCAUGAUGACAACUGAACUUGAAACAAUAAAAAAAAUCUAUUGCCUUGAUGUUAUGGAAUACUUUCAUUUUCAUUUCUGCUAAUUAGAUGUUUGCCUUCAAA